AUGGACGCUGGAGGUACAGCUGUGCUCCGGGUGAAGCGGAAGCUCGGCGCAGAGCCCGCCGAGGCUUUGGUCCUCGCUUGUAAACGCCUCCGCUCCAGCGGAGAUGAAUUGGAAACUCCAAAGACUUCUCCAGAGGGUCUGGAGAGAGCAGCAGAAAGUAAUGUCUUCCAGUUGUUGGCCACCGUCCGCUCCCAGGAGGAGCCAGUCCAGCCGCUCCUGCGGGCCGCCCUGCGCCCGUCCCAGGGCAGCCAGCAGCGUAUCCGCCAUCAUCUCCGUGCUUCUGCUCGGGAGAUCCGACAGGAAGGCCGCUACAGAGUAGUCUCUAGCCGCCGAUCCUCGGGGAUUCCCUCGGACAGCUUGGAGUCCGAGGACGCGUCAGGAACCCCAGAAGCCGCUGACGACGCAAGCUUUCAGCUAUUAGAUCUGGUCCACGAAGAAGAUGCAGAGGUCGCCGCCGCCGCCAUCUCUUGCAAAAGAUCUGACCCAGAUGUGAUCCUCUGCAACUGUGUCGAGUUGAUCCGUGAGGGGUUGAAUGUAUCUCAAUAUGGACCAAGUUCUGGGCAUCAGAAGGAACAAAAGGACGACUUUGUGUAUGACAUUUACUAUUUGGAAAGGGCGACUCCAGGAUGGAUUGAGAACAUCCUCUCUGUGCAGCCCUACAGCCACGAGUGGGAGUUGGUGAAUGAUGACCACCAACCAGAGGACAUUUAUGAUGAUGAUGAUGAUGAUGAAAACAGUGAGAAUAACUGGCGCAAUGAGUACCCAGAGGAGGAGAACAGUGACGAAGAUGAAGAUUCCAGAGGCUCUGACAAUUACAGCAGCGUCAGUGAAGAAGAAAGAGACAACAGCAGACCACCAAUGUGGAGCAAAUACCCUUUGGAUGUACAGAAGGAGUUUGGCUAUGACAGUCCCCAUGACCUCGAUUCAGACUGA